GUGGUGCGUGACGGUCUUGGAAGUCGUUAUCUCCUUGCUGUGUGCAAGUUUGAGACCGAAAUCCAAAAUAUGGAGGAAACUAAUGAUGGAAAUUUGUCCCAGGUCCGGCACGUUGUGUUGGUGCUGUCAGGGAAGGGAGGAGUGGGAAAGAGCACCAUCACCACAGAGCUGGCCCUGGCUCUCAGGCAUGCUGGGAAGAAGGUUGGCAUCCUCGACAUUGACCUUUGUGGGCCCAGCAUUCCUCACAUGCUUAGCGUGGGCCGGCCUGACGUGCACCAGUGUGACUCAGGUUGGGUGCCAGUCUACACUGAUACCCAGAAGAGCCUGGCCCUUAUGUCCAUUGGUUUCCUGUUGGAGGAUCCGGAUGAAGCUGUGGUGUGGAGGGGUCCCAAGAAAACAGCUUUAAUUGGCCAGUUUGUGUCAGAUGUAGCCUGGGGAGAGCUGGACGUGCUGCUGGUGGACACGCCGCCCGGGACGUCUGACGAGCAUUUGGCUGUGCUAGAAAACCUUAAAAAACACAGAAUGGAUGGAGCCAUUUUGGUCACCACCCCUCAGGCGGUAUCCACAGGGGAUGUUAGAAGAGAAAUCACCUUCUGCAAGAAGACAGGUGUUCGGAUUCUGGGCAUCGUAGAAAACAUGAGUGGCUUCGUUUGUCCACACUGCUCUGAGUGCAGUAACAUAUUCUCAAAGGGUGGUGGUGAAGAGCUGGCCAAACUGACCGGGUCUGUGUUUCUAGGUUCUGUGCCCUUGGAUCCUCUUCUCAGCGCCAGUAUAGAAGAGGGCAGAGACUUUGCACAGUCAUUUCCUGACAGUGCCACCUUCAGUGCCAUUAGCAGCAUUUCUCAAACUUUGCUCAACAGCCUGCAAAGUGUUUGAGACAUAAGUUUUGCUCAAAGUUGUCUCCAUUUUUUCGGUGUAUAACACAAAAGUGUCAUGCAGAAUUAUUUUGUAGUCAUGGAAGGUCUGUUGACUUCUUGUCCGUCAUAGUUAAAGCCUUGUGUAAAUAUUUACUGAUCAUGCUGUCAGUCAUUAUCAGACUGGCACAGACUUUGUGCACAGCUGUCUGCUGAAGCUGCACAUGUUGUGCUUUGAAGAUUGUCAUCUGAGUGCUGAAUCUUUUUUUUGUAUGCAAUUGUCAUAAAAUGGUAAGCCAUGCUGCCUGUAAAAACUUCAAAU